GAUGAUGGGCUAGAUUUAUAAGUUUCGUCACAUGAAUAGGAUGUGUUAGUUUGUUAUGAAAUUCGUAUGUAUUUCCAUUCAAUUGUCAAUAACUUAUCGUUGGGUUCCAUAUGGAGCUAUAAUUAAUGCUAUAUAAUAUUUUAAUGAUAUCAGUUCAUAUUCGAAAUCUUAUCGUUUUCAUCAGAAACAUACUCUAAUUUGAACCAUAAAUUUUAUUCAGUGCAUUCCGUGUGAUUCACACACGAAAUCUAUAUAAACUUGUUUUGACCGUGUAACUGCCAAAAAAAAAAUCCGCUAUGGACGCGCAAGAUCAAUUUUUUAUCCCGGAUGCCGUUCGAAAUGUUCUAAUUCAGUAUGGAAUCACCGAAAACGAUGCUCCAGCAAUUAUACAGUUUAUAAGCACAGGAACAGGCCGAAAUGAAUCACAACAACCUCAAUAUUCUAUCCUCAAAGAAACAUCUGAAUACAUUUGUGCUGAUUCAGAAAAAGCUAUUGAAACAGCUACGUCGCGCUCCUCUCCGCUGAAAGAAGUUCAACUUGAAAUGAUUGAUUCAUGGACACGUGUACACAAGCUUGAUUCAUCCAUUGAUCACAAUGCUUCGAAAGAGUUUCAAUCUGGAUCUGUAGCACUUGUAAGUGCUAACAAGGCAAAUUACGGUUCAUUAUCAAGUCGAAACAGUCAGAUUGACAUCGAUUUUCAAUUGAUGAGACUUGGAGAUAGUGAUGGUAUGACUAAAUGGUCGAAAGUGAUCAAUUCUAUUCAUGGAUAUAUUGAACAGAAAAUUACCAGUGAUUUCUUUUAUGAAUUACGAGAAUGUCUUCGCGACACAAAUUUGAAUGAAGAUGCGAGAUUUUGCGCACUCAUACAGCUGCUGAAUUGUGUGCUGCAUCCGCAUAAAGUGACCGGCAAUUACAAACCAACAGUUGUUACUGCAUUGGAGGAGUCUAUAUUAUUUGCCGCUUCUGAUAAAGAUGCCAACAUAAAAUUGUACGCAGUUUACAAGCGCUAUCAGGAUUUUGGACUUCCUGUUUCACCAAAGUUAAUUUUUUUUGGAAAAAACUGCAAAAACCUCACUGAGAUUCGAUGACCCGAGUGUAAUGCAAGCAUCAAGGAGUUGGAGUUACUCUCAGACACCUGCUACACCUAAAAUAAAUUGUUUUGUAGGAGCAUGUACGAGGUGCUUCAAUGUAGCUACAACAUAUAUCGAACAUUUAAAAAACGAGCAUCGCAUUCCGAAUAACUACCGCAUUACAUGUACAUAUAAUAGUUGUGAUCUAGUUUUUCUAAAAUUUUACUCGUUCAAGCGCCAUGUUUUUAAUCACAAAUUCAUCGAUCACUCGCCAAUCUGUUGUGAGAAAUCCUUUAUAAACGCUGACGUAAAUCAUUAUUUGACAUGUCAUUCGAAUGAAAGCAUGAAAAACACGAAUGAACACAACGUAAAUAGCUCGCA